UGAAAAUGAUUGGCCGCAUACAUGACGUGUUGAUUUGUACGUAAGCAGGCAAACUAUUGUACUAUCUAGUGAUAUCAAAGUGCAAAAUUAUACUAUCUUAAUGUUGUGAUUACUGUGUAAAAGUAAUAAUCAGUAAAAUAGUCGCCAAAGGUAGUAAAGUAAAAGCAACUUUUAUAUCACGUAAAGUACAUCGAACGCGGUUUGUAAAUAUGGCGGAUCACUGCGUGGAUACCGAUGAGGCAGAGUGUCCUCCAGCGAAAAAAAUUAAAAUAGAAAUCGAAAAUACCGAUAAAAAUGACGAGAGCUUGCAUGAAGCCGAAAUAAAUUUAUCUACUUUUGAAAUGAAAAGGAUAUUACAAAAUAAUAAUACAAGAAAACAGAUUUAUAUAGAAGGUACUUUUAAAGGUAGCGAAAGUCCCGCUAUUCUUUCAUUAGAAAAGACAACUUUUCCAACAGACGAACUUUUUUUGAAAGAAGGAUUCUUUAACGAAGACACAACUAUUCAAAAAGUUUUUAGUAACCACAUUUAUGCAAACUAUAGAUGUUUUCCAAUAAGAGAAUAUAAUGGUUUAAAUGUAUUGUUAAUACAUCCUGCUACGCCAAAACAUAUUGAGAAGUUUAAAAAAAAAGAAUUACAUAUCGUAAAUGAGACAUAUGAAUUAUAUGAAAAAAUUACUUUACCUCACAUUACGUCACAACAAUUUUCUUUAGAGUGGAUAGAUAAUAUUUUGACCCAUAAAGCUGAACAAGAUAAAAUUGUAUAUGAGGAUACAAAUAAAGAAACAGGUUUUGUAAUGGUACCAGACUUGAAGUGGGAUGGAAAACCACAAACACUUAAACUUUUAGCUCUUCCAUUCCAGAAAGUUAAAUGUAUGAGAGAAUUAAAUGCAUCUCAUCUUCCGCUAUUGAGAAAUAUACGUGAUGCUGGAAUAGCAUGUAUAUCUGAAAAGUACAAUAUACCUGCGUCUCAACUUAGGAUAUAUCUUCAUUAUCAACCAUCAUAUUAUUAUCUACAUGUCCAUUUUUCUUAUCUCAUGUUUGAAACUCCAGGAAUACAUGUUGACAGGGCACAUCUUUUAUCCACUGUUAUAAAUAAUCUAGAAUUAAUGCCAGACUACUAUACAAAAUGUAUACUCUCAUUUUUGGUAUUUGAAGGAGAUUCAUUAUGCACUAAAUUUCGGGAGCAUGGAGUUGUGGGAAAAAAGAAAUCUGAAUCUGAAGAAACAUAAGUAAGAUCUGUAAAACAAAAUUAUUUUAUGACAAGCAUUAUAUAUAUAUAUAGUAUUAUAACAAAAAAUAAAAUAUAUGGAUUAUUAAAAAAUGUAAAAUUACUUUCCUUAUAAUUUGUAAUGUAAUUACAAAAUAAAUUGUAAUUAGGCAAAUAAAUGAUAUUUAAUGGAAA